CACUGCACGGCAAGCUGACUGUGUGGGGAAGAGAGUGAGACACAGUAAUAAGAGAGAGAGACAGAGACAGAGAGAGCCAGUGAAAUAGUGAAAUAGAGGGGGGGCUGACAGAAUAAUGUGGGAAACUAUACACUGAGGAACUACCCAAACCCGAAGAAGACUUUUAUGACAACGUUUAUGGGAGACCAGGACAGGGACCCCAACCUGUGUAGACCAUGGGCAGCCCCACCCCCCCUGUGCCUUCCCUCAACGUCACCGAGUCAGCCAACACAUCAUGGGCCGGGGCGGCUGGCGGGGAGCCAGGUUACAGCGAGGUGGAAAUGGUCCUCCUAGGCAUGUUGAUGUCACUGCUGGUCGUAGGCAUCGUGUUCGGCAACAUCCUGGUCAUCAUAGCCAUCUACCGGUUCCAGAGACUGCAGAACAUCACCAACUGCUUCAUCACCUCUCUGGCCUGUGCCGACCUGGUCAUGGGUCUCAUCGUGGUGCCGUUCGGAGCCUGCUACAUCAUCUUCAACACCUGGCACUUUGGCAGCUUCUGGUGUGAGUUCUGGACUGCCACUGACGUGUUGUGUGUGACGGCGAGCAUCGAGACGCUCUGCGUGAUAGCGCUGGACCGUUACCUGGCCAUAACCUCUCCGUUCCGCUACCAGUCUCUGCUGACCAAGUGUAAGGCACGCGUGGUGGUCCUGCUGGUGUGGGUGAUCGCUGGACUCAUCUCCUUCUUACCCAUCCACAUGAAGUGGUGGAUCAGUGACGACGCGGAGGCGAAGGCCUGCAUCCAGAACAGCAACUGCUGUGACUUCAACACCAACACAGCCUACGCCAUCACCUCCUCCAUCAUCUCCUUCUACAUCCCCUUAGUCGUCAUGGUGUUUGUCUACAGCCGCGUGUUCCAGGAGGCCAAGCAGCAACUACGCAAGAUUGACCGCAGCGAGGGGCGCUUCCACGCCCAUAACAACAACAUGGCAGGAGGAGGAGGAGGAGGAGGGGUGGAGAGUAACAACGAGAGCCGAGGAGUUGGAGGAGGCUUCAGGAAGACCAAGUUCUGCCUGCGGGAACACAAGGCCCUGAAGACCCUCGGGAUCAUCAUGGGGAUCUUCACGCUGUGCUGGCUACCCUUCUUCGUCCUCAACGUGGUGGUAGCCAUCUGGAAGGUAGGGGACAUCGGACUCACCUUCAGGAUACUCAACUGGAUAGGUUACGCCAACUCCGCAUUCAACCCCUUGAUCUACUGCAGGAGCCCUGAGUUCAGAUACGCAUUCAAGGAGAUCCUGUGCAUCAAGAAGGUCCGGUUCCCCAACAUAGGGCCUACUAAUGGAUACGUGUACAGUGGACACAGCUGGCAGAGUGAGCAGCAGGGAGGGAGGAGUAAAGGCAGCUCGGAGGACAGGGAGGACAGUGACCCAGCUGCAGACGGGUGCUCGGGUCGGGGAGAGGCCGGUGGGUGUGGAGCUGCAGACAGAACGGACCCGAACGGGAACUGCAGUAAAGGGUUAACGACAGUACUUUAACCCCUCAUAUUUGAUCUCUGGAACAGACAGACAUAUUUCAUUGCCAUCGGCCAUUGUCACUUCACCAAGUCACUGAGAUAGGACUGGAUGGAUGGAUAGAGGGUGAAUGGUGAGUGGAUAACAUGGUUGGGACUUGUUAGAUUCAGGUCAGGAGAGGAAUUUGUUUAUUUUUUUACCAGUAGGUUUGAUAAGUCGAUCACUAUGUUUUGAUAUGUUCAUUUAGAGAGAGAUCAUGUAGAUUGUUCCAUCUACCUCACCGUGUCAAUUGAGAUAUCUUUAUUUUCUUAUCAUGUUUUAUCUAUUUCUGUCACAUUGAUUCACUGAACACAGAAACCAGGCUGGCUCAUAACUCCUUAGUGGCUGGACAACACAACACUUGUGAUGGGUUUGAUUCCCGCUGGGGCCACUCAUAAGUGAAAUGUAUGAACAUUUGAUAAAAGUGUCUGCUGAAUGGCAUAUAUUAUAGAGAGAGAGAGAGAGAGAGAGAGAGAGAGAGAGAGAGAGAGAGAGAGAGAGACCUUUACUACGAUCCAUUUGUUUUUACAUUAACCAUUUUCUUGAGUUUCACACAAGAUAUAAACAUUUUUCAACAUCAGCGGAGUUCAUGCAGAUAAAAACACAGCGCAGAAAAUUACAAAAAAAACAUGGCCAACAUCUGUAGAGAACAGAGUUCUGUUCUGCUCAUAAUUCCUCUGGCUUUGUGAGAUACGAGAAUGACCCAGGGGAAUGGUGACAGGUGUGGUAGAACCCGUCUCUCUCUCCCCUGCCGAAACCUCACUCCUCAAAACCUCCCUUCUCAAAACCUCACUCCUCAAACCUCCCUUCUCAAAAUCUCUCUUCUCAAAAUCUCCCUUUUCAUAGUCUCACUCCUCAAAGCCUCCCUUCUCAAAACCCCACUCCUCAAAACCUCCCUUCUCAGUCUCUCUUCUCAAAACCUCCCUUCUCAGUCUCUCUUCUCAAAACCUCCCUUCUCAAACAUGCUGGCAAUGUUCUCUUCAGAAGACACUGCUUCCUUCUCUCCACAUUAAUAUUUAUUGCUAGUUAAUUAGGAGGAGUUUUCAUAUAUUAUCGGAGGUUUUACAUUCGUAGAAUAUUUACAAUAGCUUUGAUGUAUUAGAGUUGGGGAAACGAACACUUGCCUCAGGGUGCCUGUUGAGAAACAGAAUUGUCUUGUGCUGUGUGAUUCCUUUUGAUAAGUCAAUGAUAUGAGUCACAAAUAUGGUUAUUGUUUGUUGUUGUUGCAAAAUAGUGGUCGUAACUUGUGACUUUAGUGACUUCAUUAACUUUUCAAAGCCUGUGUGAUUUUGGCACCACAGUCUUGAGGUUGGAGUACCUCUAGGCAUCACCAUAUGCCUUAUCUCUGGUGUACAAUAUAUCUUUAUGUGUAGAGUUGGACACACAAGGCUUUUGCAUUCAUUGACAUGAUGAUAAUCGCUGCUGAGCCUUUCACUAGCCUUAUUAAUCUGACCCCAGUGUCACAGCAGCCAUCCUGUCACCUCUCGUCAACUAUCUGCUCUAUCUUUACCCUGCUUCACAGAAGACCAUUUCCUCUCCCAGGUCUCCCGGUGUUGCUAGCAGAAGUCAGUGGUUAGUCUGUGGUUUGUUGACUGGAUCUGUCGUUGUCGUUCUGGGAAGUAGCCUGGUUUACUGAGAGCAGAGUCAGUCGUUUCCUCAGUGAUCGGAGGGAAGGGUACAGACUGACUCCAUGGAAUAACAAACAGUCUGUGGAACCAGGCCAGAGAUAACAGUGUCCCUGUCUUCUGCCCUAGAGGUGCUGCUUACAGGACCUAGGCAGGCUGCGUCAGAAAUAACACACUCUUCCCUAUCCAGUGCACUACUUUUGACCAGGAUCCUAUGUGGUCAGCCAGUAAAUAUGAAUGAGACAACAGGUGGACUGAGAUGAGAUUGAGAUGUUUCUGAUCAGGAUGUGAUUGCUGGUGGGUCUUUGGAUCUCAGUGAAGUUUUCCAGAGUUUUUCCAAAGUAAACGGAAGUCUGGAUCGUUCAGGAAAUCUGCGCAAUGAUCUGACUAGACACUGACCUGGUUCUACAGAUGUUGAUGACGUCUGAUUUGCUAAGUUUCUCCCUCUUUCUAUCUUUCUUCUCUCUCUGUAUCUCUCUCUUCUUUCUCUGUGUCUCUCUCUUCUUUCUCUGUGUCUCUCUCUUCUCUCUCUGUGUCUCUCUCUUCUCUCUCUUCUCUCUCUGUAUCUCUCUUCUCUCUCUGUAUCUCUCUCUUCUUUCUCUGUAUCUCUCUCUUCUCUCUCUGUAUCUCUCUCUUCUCUCUCUGUAUCUCUCUCUUCUCUCUCUGUAUCUCCCUCUGUAUCUCUCUCUUAUCUCUCUGUAUACCUCUCUUCUCUCUCUGUAUCUCUCUUCUCUCUCUGUAUCUCUCUCUUCUUUCUCUGUAUCUCUCUCUUCUCUCUCUGUAUCUCUCUCUUCUCUCUCUGUAUCUCUCUCUUCUCUCUCUGUAUCUCCCUCUGUAUCUCUCUCUUCUCUCUCUGUAUACCUCUCUUCUCUCUCUGUAUCUCUCUCUUCUCUCUCUGUAUCUCUAUCUUCUCUCUCUGUAUCUCCCUCUGUAUCUCUCUCUUCUCUCUGUAUACCUCUCUUCUCCCUCUGUAUCUCUCUCUUCUUUCUCUGUAUCUCCCUCUGUAUCUCUCUCUUCUCUCUCUGUAUCUCUCUCUUCUCUCUGUAUACCUCUCUUCUCCCUCUGUAUCUCUCUCUUCUUUCUCUGUAUCUCCCUCUGUAUCUCUCUCUUCUCUCUCUGUAUCUCUCUCUUCUCUCUGUAUCUCUCUUCUCUCUAUAUAUCUCUCUCUUCUCUCUCUGUAUCUCUCUCUUCUUUCUCUGUAUCUCUCUCUCCCUGUCUUUUAUCUCCUCUCCCAUUUCUCUUUUUCUCUCUCUCUUUCUCUCUCCCUCUCACUCUCUCUCCCUCUCUCUCUCUCCCUCUCUGGUCUUUUUUAUCCAGGAAAUUCCUGUGUUGUUGCAGAGCUGAGCCCUGUCCAGGCCGAUAAACAGGGGAUAAAUCCAUUAUCUCCGCUGUUUAGCCGGGGAAUCAGAAGACUCCCUCCCUUCUAAACAACAGCUGCAGGCAAGGAGCGAUCUCAAGAUUGGGAUGUUUAACGCUCCCCCAGUCUGCCAGACAGCAGGGAGAACAAGUCUCUAAUGGCACAUCUAUUCCCCACACUUCUCAAGUGUCGGUGGCUGUGUCCUAAAUGAUACCUGAGUUUACUCACCAUAAGGGAAGUACUUUUGACCUAUGCCAUACUGUAUGGUGUGUGUUCACUAUCGGCUUAUGUCAACAGUAGUGCAUAAUAUAGUGCAUAGGGGUAUGAGUCAGCCACUUGAAGAGAGCCAAAACAGCAUUUAUCAGAGGUGUUGUUUUGGAUGUAACAUCCCUUCCUCUGACCAGCCAGGCAGCUCUAUGAUCUACAGCUUGAUCACACUACAGAUGCGAAAGGAGAGAGUAGGCAAAUUUUAGCAGAGGCGUUGUUUUUGACAUAGCACCGACCAUUUCCCUUAGCUGUUUAAGACAUAACCCCGACCAUUUCCCCUAGCUGUUUAAGACAUAACCCCGACCACCUCCCCUAGCUGUUUAAGACAUAACCCCGACCAUCUCCCCUAGCUGUUUAAGACAUAACCCCGACCAUUUGCCCUAGCUGUUUAAGACAUAACCCCGACCACCUCCCCUAGCUGUUUAAGACAUAACCCCGACCACCUCCCCUAGCUGUUUAAGACAUAACCCCGACCAUCUCCCCUAGCUGUUUAAGACAUAACCCCGACCACCUCCCCUAGCUGUUUAAGACAUAACCCCGACCAUUUCCCCUAGCUGUUUAAGACAUAACCCCGACCACCUCCCCUAGCUGUUUAAGACAUAACCCCGACCAUUUGCCCUAGCUGUUUAAGACAUAACCCCGACCACCUCCCCUAGCUGUUUAAGACAUAACCCCGACCACCUCCCCUAGCUGUUUAAGACAUAACCCCGACCAUUUCCCCUAGCUGUUUAAGAUAUAACCCCGACCACUUCCCCUAGCUAUUUAAGACAUAACCCCGACCACCUCCCCUAGCUGUUUUUCACAUAGCCCCGACCACUUCCCCUAGCUGUAAACAGUCUUGUGAUCAACAGUGUGCUAUGACAAUAGUAUAAUCACGCUAAAUGUAGCUACUGUUGGCCAGGCUGUUUUCUACCUGUCUAAAACAGUUUUAGAGACCUGUGUGUUGUGGCUUUGCGUCUCAAGUGUUGUCAACUAAAGGUGUUGAAACUGUGAACUUUGUUCUUUUGGAUGAAUCUCUUUGUCCUGUACUGUAGCUUUGGCCGACGCCGAUUGUUGUCAAAAGCCCUGCAGCACAAAAAAUAUGUCAGUAUGGGUCAAUGUGUGAUAGCAAAUAAACACCGUUUUUUAUUGGA